GCCCGAAAGAUCGAGAAUUCGAGAGCCGAGCUCCAUCGCCGGAAGAUGGGAGAAGCCACCGAGAAGAUCACGCCGGAGCUGGAGAUCGAAGGGUUCGUGUUCCCGGCGGAGGUCUCGAUCCCGGGGUUCUCUGAGCCGCUGUUCCUCGGCGGCGCCGGGGUGAGAGGGCUGGAGAUUGGGGAUAAGUUCAUAAAGUUCACCGCCAUUGGAGUGUACCUUGGGAAUGGGGCUGUGGCGUCGCUCGCCGGUAAAUGGAAGGGGAAGUCCGGCGAUGAGCUUUCCAACUCCGUUGAGUUUUUCCGGGAUGUCAUCACUGGGCCAUUUGAGAAAUUAACACAAGUGACAAUGAUCUUGCCAUUGACUGGGCAACAGUACUCAGAGAAGGUGGCAGAGAACUGCAUCUCCUUCUGGAAAGAAGCUGGAGUUUACACUGAAGCAGAAGCCAAGGCUGUAGAAAAGUUCAAAGAGAUCUUCCAUCAUGAGACCUUCCCUCAUGCAGCCUCCAUCAUCUUCAACCAUUCUCUUUCUGGUUCUGUCUCGAUUGGGUUCUCAAAGGAUGGUUCACUACCAAAAUCUUGGAAUGCAGUAAUUGAGAACAAGAGGUUGUCCGAGGCAAUCUUAGAGUCUAUCAUUGGUGAACAUGGAGUCUCUCCUCCAGCCAAGAAGAGCCUGGCUUUCCGGCUAUCUAAGCUUCUAUCAGAAUAUAAUUAAGGAUGCUUGGAAGAGUGGCUCAAUGUGGUUGUCAAUGUAUUUUGAGUCUAAAUAAACUUGUGUGUUUGUUUGUUUGUUUUUUUUUUUUUAAUAUUGUCAAAGAAUACAUUCUAAAGUGCAAUGAUAUGAUGCAAGAGUGCAAGGGAGAUGGUAAAAUUUUGAAUCUUUACCCCAA